CAUCAGGCAUUAGUAUCAAUUACGGCAGCCUAAUGAUUAGCUUUAAGCCAAUGACAUUCGCGUUGCCCAUUGUCGUCGCCCCUUCUUCCCCCUGCCUUCUCAGAGUGCAGAAAUGGCGUAUAUCCUCGUCGCUAUCGCCAUCGUUUCUGCUCUCAUCUUCUACUCUCGCUUGAGAUCGUCUCCGUAUCCUCUCCCCCCUGGUCCGACGAAGCUCCCGUUAGUAGAAAACUUGUUUCAAAUACCGAGGGGAGGGUUCAUUUGGCUUGACUAUGCUGAGUUGUGCCGGAAAUAUAAGUCGGACAUCAUCCAUUUGAGCGCGCUCGGGAAUUCAAUCAUUAUCUUAAAUUCUUCCAAGACAGUCGGUGAUCUUCUGGAAAAGCGAUCCUCAUUGUACUCGAGUCGACCUCCAACGGUCAUGCUGGGGGAGCUUAUGGGAUGGGGAUCCACGCUAAUCUUUAGACCCAAUGACGACUCCUGGAAGGCACAGAGGCGGAUCAUAAAUCAAGCUAUACCCCCCACCGAUCCGAAGCGUUUCCACCCAAAACAAUUGAGCGCGACCCAUGAUCUUCUUCGAGUUCUCCCUUAUUCUGAUAAUGUCAUGAAGAGUCUUCAAGUAUGGGCUGCAGCAUUCAUUAUGGAUGUCACUUAUGGUCUUGAUCCAGAGGAGGCCAAACCAUAUCUCCCCACAGCUAUGGCAGCACUGGAAUCCAUGUCCAUUGCUGGGACGCCUGGCGCAUUUUAUGUUGACCAAAUUCCUAUUCUAAAAUACGUUCCCGAAUGGGUUCCGGGUGCAGAUUUCCAGCGCAAAGCAAGAGAAUGGUCCGACUUGCGCGUUAAAAUGACUGAGACUGCUUUCAGUGUAACAAAGGAGCGAAUGGCAAUGGGGACUGCAACACCGUCUCUGACUUUGGCUGCCCUUGAACAAAUGGAUCGCACCCAAAACUUGGCAAGUCAAGAAGAGGUCAUUAAAAAAGCGUCGGUGACGGCUUAUGGGGGGGGUUCGGACACCAUUGUUGCUGCGUUAGGAUCAUUCAUCUUGAAUAUGCUUAUGAACCCGGAAAUUCAAACCAAGGCCCAUGAGCAGCUCGAGAAGGUUCUAGGACCAGGAGACUUGCCGAGCUUUAGCGAUGAACCGUUACUACCAUAUAUUACAGCGAUUGCUCAGGAAGCGUUGAGGCAUAAUCCUGUCACGCCACUUGCUUUUCCACACGCACUCACUCAAGAUGAUGUUUAUGAGGGUUAUUUCCUCCCCAAGGGUUCUAUUAUCAUGCCCAAUGUUUGGUCCAUCCUCCAUGACGAAGAAGAAUAUCCUGAGCCGGAUCUGUUUAAACCCUCACGCUUCCUCGGGGUUGACGGGAAGAUAAACCCCAAGGUCAAGGAUCCUGCUACUGCAGCCUUCGGAUUUGGAAGGCGUGCCUGCCCUGGCAAACACAUCGCACUCGCCUCUUUGUGGAUCGCCGUUGCCUCUAUCUUGACUUGCUAUUCGAUUGAGCCAGAGCUCGACGAACAUGGGAAGCCGGUAAAGCCCAAAGCAGAGUGGUAUCCAGGUCCGACUUUGUUCAAUCACCCACUUCCUUUCAAAUGUCGCUUCGUUCCUCGCUCGAAAGAUGUGCAAACGUCUCUAGGAGUGACUUUGAUCUGAAAACCAAGUUGCGAAAGGGCUGUGGCUUUCCUGUAAUCUAUUCCUAUCUUUCGUGAUCAAUGCGUGAAAUGGCUUCAAUGGAUGAUAUGCAUAGAAAAUAUAAACUGUGUGCGAAUCUGUGCGAAGAUGAAAGAACAGAAAUACGCGUGACG